ACUGUUCAUUCAUUCAUUCACUCACCCACCAGUUUCCCGAGAAUCGAACUCUUGUCAGCAAUCCUCCUUAAAACAUUCACAUUCACAUUCACAUUCCCGAUUGGAUUCCGAUUCCAGCCCCCCAUUCUAUAUUCGAUACCAUCUCCCCACCACACCAGAAAGAUCCAACCUUUAGCUCCCGUGAUCGCCAUUAAAUGCUCGACCCAGCUGACUAUUGAUUCUGGGCCUUACAGCAGAGGAGAGAGGACGAUGAAGAUCGAAGAGAUAGAGGACGUCGAUGGAGAGAGAGAUGAUGGCCAGAAUCUGACCGUGAGGGUGGACGCUAAGCGGGUCUUGGUGGGGGCCGGCGCCCGGAUCCUGUUCUACCCGACCCUUCUGUACAAUGUGUGUAGGAACAAGAUCCAAGCCGAGUUCAGAUGGUGGGACGAAGUCGAUCAGUUUCUUCUGCUAGGCGCUGUUCCUUUCCCUAAGGAUGUCCUCCGACUAAAGCAGCUCGGAGUAGGUGGCGUCAUUACUCUGAACGAACCUUACGAGACACUCGUCCCGACAGCACUGUAUCAUGCCCACGGGAUUGACCACCUCAUGAUACCAACGAGAGAUUAUCUCUUUGCUCCAUCCCAUGGAGAUAUACGCCAAGCCGUGGAAUUUAUCAACAGGAAUGCAUCUUCAGGCCGAACAACUUACGUCCACUGCAAAGCUGGGCGUGGAAGGAGCACGACGAUCGUGCUAUGCUAUUUGGUGGAAUACAAGCACAUGACGCCUGCUGCUGCUCUUGAAUAUGUUCGCUCUAGAAGGCCUCGAGUGUUGCUGCAUCCUUCACAAUGGAAGGCGGUCCAAGAAUACAGCAAGAGCCAAUCAUCCACAUCUUUAUGCCAUUCCUCCUUGGGGGAUGACGUUCUCAUAACAAAGGCCGAUCUCGAAGGCUACAAUAGUUCAUCCGACGAUAACAAUAGCGGAAAAGAAGUGGCUCUUUUCCUUAAAAUCCCAAACCGACGAGCCAUGAUAUCUCGUUUGUCCUGUCUCUUCACUUCUUUGAGAGUUUCCGGUGGUUGUGGGCAAGUGACGGAGCGGCUCCCCGUGGCUGAUGCCCGUGCCUGCUGAAAGAAGUUGGGUUGCUCACUGUACAGGAAAGCAGUGUCAAAAUAAAAAAAAAUCAGAGUUGUACGAAAAUCCGAGAGUUUUUGUAUGUUUUGUGGUCAUUAGAUAUGAUAGAGGCGGGAGGAGUGUAAGGUUUUGAGAAGGAAAUGAAGAGGUUGAACAAGAUGGAGUUGUUACCAUUUGUAUAUUUAGCUGUCUGUAUUGCUAAUGGGUAAAAUGUGAACAGAAUCAGGUCAGCAUCCAUCCAAUCCACCUGUAAAAUUACUUUUUCAUUACUUUCUGGUUAGUGGAAGUAUUCAAAGGAAAACCUUCAAUAAUGGUAUAAAGCA